UGGGGCGGGACGGAGGCAGCAGCGGUUCCUCGGAGCCUGACAGCGGCCGGCGGCUUUGGAGGAGCAGCUUCGGGAAAGGGCUUUCCCCCCCAGCCCAGGCUGCGGGCUCAGAGAAAAUGACUGCAAUCAAGCAUGCCUUACAGAGGGAUAUUUUCACUCCAAAUGAUGAACGUUUACUAAGUAUUGUUAAUGUUUGCAAAGCAGGAAAAAAGAAGAGAAACUGCUUUUUGUGUGCCACAGUGACAACCGAACGCCCGGUGCAGGUAAACGUGGUAAAGGUGAAAAAAUCUGACAAAGGAGAUUUCUACAAGAGGCAGACUGCGUGGGUCCUUCGAGAUCUUGCUGUCGUUGAUGCCAAGGAUGCCAUCAAAGAAAACCCCGAGUUUGACCUGCAUUUUGAGAAAGUGUACAAAUGGGUUGCUAGCAGUAUAGCAGAAAAGAACACUUUCAUUUCAUGCAUUUGGAAACUCAAUCAGCGGUAUAUUAGAAAGAAGAUCGACUUCAUAAAUGUUAGUUCUCAGCUUCUAGAAGAACUACCUAAAGUCGCAGAAGAAUCGGUUCCAAGUGGUGAGAAUCAGAAUGUGGCAGGAGGAGAUGAAGAGGUGGUGGACGAAUACCAAGAGUUAAAUGCAAGAGAAGAGCAGGACAUCGAAAUAAUGAUGGAAGGCUGUGAAUAUGCCAUCUCCAAUGCAGAGGCCUUUGCAGAUAAGUUGUCCAGAGAACUGCAAGUGCUCGAUGGGGCAAACAUCCACUCGAUCAUGGCCUCUGAGAAACAAGUGAACAUCUUGAUGAAGCUGCUGGAUGAGGCACUGAGAGAGGUGGACCAAAUUGAAGUGAAGCUGAGCAGUUACGAGGAAAUGCUGCAGAGCGUGAAAGAACAAAUGGACCAGAUUUCGGAAAGCAACCAUCUAAUUCAUCUUAGCAACACUAACAACCUGAAAUUACUUUCAGAGAUAGAGUUCCUUGUUAACCAUAUGGAUUUGGCAAAAGGUCACAUCAAGGCCCUCCAGGAAGGAGACCUCUCAUCCUCCCGGGGCAUUGAGGCCUGCACUAAUGCGGCAGAUGCACUCUUACAGUGUAUGAGUGUAACUCUUCAGCCAGGGCAUGAGAUGCUCCAUGCUGUGAAGCAGCAGCAGCAGCGGUUUAGCGAUUUGCGAGAGCAGUUUGCGCGGAGACUGGCCAGCCAUCUCAACAACGUAUUUGUUCAGCAGUUUAUAGAGCUGGAGAAGGGUCUCAUUAACAGGUCCUACUAUCUUUCAGUUCCUGGCCAUGACCAAAGUUCCACUCUUGCUCAGCACUCCAUUGAGUUGACCCUACCGAACCAUCAUCCCUUUCACAGAGACUUGUUGCGCUAUGCCAAACUUAUGGAGUGGUUAAAGAACACAGAUUAUGGAAAAUAUGAAGGGCUAACAACGAACUAUAUGGACUACUUAUCACGGUUGUAUGACAGGGAAAUAAAGGAUUUCUUUGAAGUUGCCAAGAUUAAAAUGACUGGGGCAACGAAGGAAGGGAAGAAGUUUGCUACACUGCCUCGAAAAGAAAGUGCUGUCAAACAGGAAACGGAGAGUCUUCAUGGAAGUUCUGGGAAGCUGACAGGUUCCACUUCUAGCCUAAACAAACUCUCAGUUCAGAGUUCAGGAAAUCGCAGGUCUCAGUCCUCCUCUUUGCUGGAUAUGGGGAACAUGUCUGCAUCUGACCUCGAUGUGGCAGAUAGAACAAAGUUUGAUAAGAUUUUUGAACAAGUCCUAAGUGAACUGGAACCCUUGUGUCUGGCAGAACAAGACUUCAUUAGUAAAUUCUUCAAACUUCAACAGCAUCUUAGCAUUCCUGGAACACCCAUGAGUGAUGCAGAGGAGGUCGAUGGAGGAACUUUAUCAAGGGCACACAAUACUGGUGGUCUACAGUCAAUGUCUUCAGAGAAUCACAUGAUCCGGCAGAUGAUGAUAAAAAUAUUUCGCUGCGUUGAGCCAGAACUGAAUAACCUUAUUGCUCUUGGGGACAAAAUUGAUAGCUUUAAUUCCCUUUAUAUGCUGGUGAAAAUGAGUCACCACGUAUGGACAGCCCAAAACGUGGAUCCAACGUCCUUCCUCAGCACAACACUUGGAAAUGUUUUAGUGACCGUCAAAAGGAACUUUGACAAGUGCAUUAGUAACCAAAUCAAACAGAUGGAAGAUGUAAAGAUAUCCAAGAAGAGUAAAGUUGGAAUUCUCCCAUUUGUUGCUGAAUUUGAAGAGUUUGCAGCCUUAGCUGAAUCUAUUUUCAGAAAUGCUGAACGCAGAGGAGACCUAGAUAAAGCCUACCUAAAACUUAUUAGGGGAGUUUUCACUAAUGUGGAGAAAGUAGCAAAUGAAAGCCAAAAGACACCGCGGGAUGUGGUCAUGAUGGAGAAUUUUCACCAUAUCUUUGCAACUCUUUCUCGGUUGAAAAUCUCAUGUUUGGAGGCUGAGAAAAAGGAAGCUAAACAAAAAUAUACGGAUCAUCUGCAGUCCUACGUCAUCUACUCUUUGGGACAGCCACUUGAGAAAUUAAAUCACUUCUUUGAGGGCGUUGAAGCUCGUGUGGCGCAAGGUGUGAGAGAAGAGGAAGUGAGCUACCAGCUGGCGUUCAAUAAACAGGAGCUAAGAAAAGUUAUAAAGGAGUAUCCCGGCAAGGAAGUGAAAAAGGGGUUGGACAACCUUUAUAAGAAGGUGGAUAAACACUUGUGUGAAGAGGAAAACCUACUCCAGGUGGUGUGGCAUUCUAUGCAAGAUGAGUUCAUACGCCAGUACAAGCAUUUUGAGGGGUUAAUAGCACGCUGUUAUCCUGGAUCUGGAAUUACUAUGGAGUUCACUAUCCAAGACAUUUUAGACUACUUCUCCAGCAUUGCACAGUCUCACUAAUAUCUGCCAAUGGUUAAAGCAAGAUAAACUAAUGAAUUUGCUGGGAAGAGACUUUUAGCACUGAAGACUUGUUACUUUGUGAGAUGGAAUUUUGAGGAAUGUCCUUAAUUAUCUUUAUGCCCAUCAAUUGAUGGCCUGAGGAGAAAUGUUGCUUGCUUACUUGAUAGAAACAAUGUUAAAGCAUACUUUUUCACAUGUAACACAGUCUGGCUUGUUUUAUUUUCCAUGUUGAUAUAUUAGCCUUGUAUAAUUUAUAGUGCAUUAGAUACUAAACCUUUUGGCUUUCCUGUAGCUUCCAGUAAUUAUGUUAAAGUAUUAAAAUUAUUGUACAAGGCUGAA